UCCAUACGAACAAACUAACGCACCUCCGUCUCCCUCCAGAAUCUUUCAUUUAAGCAGCAAGAGAAUAGCGUUGUUGUCUUAACGUGGAAUACUCGUUGCUCCGCCUACUGAUAAAUGUUACUAUGACGACCGUGCAGUAGUGGUGAGUUCACAGUACGGGCGAGCGGCGAACUUGUCUGAACGUGCCGACGUUAUCACAUCACAAUAGGCCUGUUACGAUAACGACGUUUGUCGGAUGUCGCAGAAAUGAUCGCGAUAAACGAUACUAUUGUCAUUUUAAGACUAUUCUACGACAACGAUAAAUGAUAAUACGACAGCAAACGGUGCAAGUACACCCGUUCAAAGAGCGACGGACUUUUCAUUCUUACGAUUAUCCAGACUUUUUUUGGUCUUCUGAUGAAACUAUCCUUACCAUUCAUGUCGUCGAUAUUUCGCAUCAUGUCAUGUUUAUUCGUUUCAGUCGAUGUUUACUCGGGUUAAAAUGGCAUCGCAUGAACCCGGACCUUCCUACGUUUUUGUAUACGUACUUAACCACGUGAAAACCUGACGUCCUGAAAAUAACAACAUUACUGUAUGACACUGCUGUAAUACAAUAUUGUGAAUUCUUUAUGCUUUAGUGCAAAUUUCAGUGGACGUGUUUGGGUGAGCUCGAGCGGCUCAACCCCCGACAUUAAUGACAUUAAUAACCAUUCUUAGCGCAUGGUUAAUACCCCCCCGCCCCAAUGUGUGUUUUAAUUAAAAUCGCCGCGAAUGUUUGCUACACGUCUUAAAUCCGUUCGCGUUUGAAUGUGCGUUUUCACAUCUUAAAUUCGACGAAGAAUCAGAGUUAGGAUUGUAAUCGGACUCCGAUCGGACAGCCCCGGAGUAGACGAGAGGACAGGAUGGCUGAAACGUUGGCGACGUUCGGUCUUAUGUGAACAAACGCGCAUGUAAACACGAACUGACGCCAUGGCAGAAACGGCCGAGAGCAAGAAGGAGGAGGCGGACUACAAGCGGCUGCACAGUUUCCCUCUGAUUAGGCACACAGACAUGCCGGAGGAAAUGAGGACAGAGACGAUGGAGCUGUGUGUUACAGCGUGUGAGAAGUUUGCCACCAAUAACGAGAGCGCAGCCAGGAUGAUAAAGGAGUCGAUGGACAAGAAGUUCGGCAGCUCGUGGCACGUGGUGAUCGGCGAGGGCUUCGGCUUCGAGAUCACGCACGAGGUGAAGAACCUUCUGUACAUGUUCUUCGGGGGAAGUCUGGCCGUGUGCGUGUGGAGGUGCUCCUAACACUCGCUCGUACCCUUCCCGAAGCACAAACCGACCGCUGGAGAGAACUCGCGCUAUCCCUGAUCCCUGAGCGAGGACGUUUAGAGAGAAAAACGUGACAUUUCACGUUUUUUCUCUUUGUUCGACGACUCUCACUCUCUGUGUACUGCCAGACCAUCUGUGUGUUUGGUGCUGUUUCUGCUUCUCUCUCUCUCUCUCUCUGUCUGUCGCUCUCGUUCUACACCUCCUCUCCAACUGUCCCUCUCAGCCUGUCUUUCUUUGAUACCUGAUGUUCCGGAAAUGUAUUUUUAUAAUAAUAAUAAUAAGAAGAAUUCUAUUUUCCUAGUCUUAGCUGUGAAUAUUUCAUGUAUAUAGUUUAUAAAAUGUCACCUUUUGCACAAUUUGUGAAUUUGUUUUUGGACUGUUACUGUGGAAUAAAAACCUUCUCGAUGCA